AUGGGGGAUCGAGAAAAUGGGAAAACGUUAUUUCUCAGAAUGUGUGCCAUGUGUCAUCCCAUUACGAAGGAUGGAGGACACAGAGUAGGUCCAAAUCUCUUUGGAAUAUUUGGAAAAACGUGUGGCACUACCCCUGGUUUCACUUACACCGAGUCAAUGAGGAAAAAAGGUAUCGUGUGGAACGAGAAUACCCUGGACGAAUAUCUACAAUUUCCACGAGAAUUUAUUCCCGGCACAAGGAUGGUGUUCAACGGAAUUAAAAAAGUGAGCGAUCGUAAAGACAUAAUCGCUUUCUUAGCAACAUUAAAAUAA